AGCACCCCAUUUUUUAUUUUUCGAUUGAAUGUCAAAAGUAACCUCGUCAUUGGAUUGAAAAUUGUUUGCAGGUCAUAUAUAGUCCAUCGUGAUUAGUCUAUCAAUCAUCAUUUAGGGCUAUUAAUUAAUUAAAGAAUAUUGCUCGGACGGACGAGUGUGCAUGCGCAUGAGCACGUGCGCUACGCGUGUCGCGUUAUUCAUACUACGUUAAUUUUCAUCUAUUGCCAAUCAUUUUUAUCUUCAAUCAUUAUUUGAAUUCGUUUGCCAAAAGAAGGUCUAUCCUACUCGUGAGUUUCCAAUUUAAGGAGGGUGAUCCCGAAUUUUUUAUAAAAAUAUCUGUUCAGUUAAAAAAGGUGAUAUCGAGUAAAUAGCGGACAGACAGGUCAUUGAUGGUUCAUUGUAUAUUAGUUCGAACUAUGUCCUUUAUUUUGUCCUUAAAAAUAAGAAGUCUUCAACAUUCUCUGUGAUUCUAUCAUGAUGGAGACAUUCAUAAAUAAUCGCUGCGAUUUCCUGACAACGUAGAUAAAACCUUUUGGUCGAAUCUUCGCAGACCCGGAUACAGUCUGAACCGCAGUAGAGUGGCCAUCAUAUAAUAGCCAAUUUGCUAGUGUCCAACAAUAUCCAACGUAUCUGUCUUCAGUGUAAGCAAUUAUUCCCGCUAAUCGACACGAUUUCUCGUGAUAAUUGGAGGUGUAAAGAAAAAUGAUCUUCCCUGGAUACUGAUGUGAAAGAGUUUUAUACUACCAACAAUUCUGAAGAUGACAAAUCCAAUAUGGAGUCGGUGAAAUUGCUUAAAAGUGGUGAGUUACUACCUGGCGUCAUAAUUGAGGAGGAGUUGCUCCACGUUUCCCAAACAUCUAGCAUCGAUUCAAUUCUGCAUAUUCUGUGGUGCACUGCAAUCAAUGAUGAUAGCUAUGGAUUACUCAUUAAAUUCCCUAAUACUGAUAAUCGAGCGUUGGACUUGAUUGUAAAAUUAAUUAAUAAUGAGAAUCCUGAGUCUGUUUAUGAGAACAGAGCACUGAUUCUGCGGUCCCUCAGUGAAGUAGGAAUCUGUCGGAGUAAGACCGAAGUAGAUUUCGGUAUACAAUCAAUCCAUUUGACAGUAUGUGGUACGCCAGUUGAUAUCUGGAAAACGUGUAUUGAUACUGAGCCUACUGAAGAGAGAUUAUACGAAUAUGAUGCCUGUGGUAAAUAUAUCAGAAAAAUUCCAGCUUUGUCCCCUGAUUAUAAGAGACCACCACGAAGCUAUGAUGGGUUGCAAAAAGCCGUAACAAUAAAAAAUAUUAUAUGGGUUGCAAAACCGUAACAAUAAGAAAUAUUAUAGAGCCCUGCGAAAAAAAUAUCUGAUUAAGUUCAAAGAGUGAAUAACCAUCAUCGAUACAAUAAAUUAAUUCAUUAACAAUUAAUUAAUUAUUUGAAAAAAACGGGGCAUGUAGCUUCCAUGCACAUUCUCGUUAGUAUUUUAGGUUGAGCAUCCCUUGACAGAACGUUGAAAGAUGAUUAUUGGAUUACUAUCGCCAUCUAUAAAACAUAAAAAUUUUGUGUUACAACAAAAUUAUGAUAGAGGACAUUCGCAUUCCUUUCUCCGAUCGGUAAUUUUCACAACAGGUAAAGAAAUUCUCUUUUUCAGUUCCCUACAGUGAUGCUAGAUGGCCCUACCCCCGAAACUUCUGGGGAAAAUGGCCGCCACUUCCUGUACCAUUCUUUGCGGAUGUACCUAUUUUAGACCCAUCCCCCCCCCCAGUUGAAUCCCUGCACAGUGGUGCUCUCACCGUCUGAAAAUUCUGUGUACAGUUGACCAUUUGUACAGUUGAACAAGUACAAACGGAGCCCCCCCUGAAAUUUCAAAGAUAUAGGCUCUAGGCAUCUCGCAUUUUAUCUCUGGUUCGGCCUCCUGGUCCCUCUUCUUCAUCAUUCAGUCAAUCCUCUUUGAAAUUACUAUCACAUAACAACGUCAACAUCAUAACUGCGUUUUCCAUCAGACUGUUAUGUCAUAAACAUUGUUUUCCAGGGAAAAUGAUCGAAAUUAAAUUUCCAAAUAAAUUCAAAGUCCCUUUCGCAUGCAACAACAAUAGACAACAAUAGAUUUAACUCUAUUCUGCGAUGAGAAAUGGCUCAUUUAAAUCGAAUACAGUGGCUCACAGAUUCAAUUCAUUUUAACCCUCAAAAUCCAAAAUUUGAAUAGCCACAAUCACAAAUUCCGCUGCCACCCGAACGAAAAUUGUUUCGUUGACUAGCAUCAGUAAUGGUAAAAUAACUGUCAUUGUUUACAAACUUGUUCACCUUGAUGAUAAGGUUUGUAUUCACUACUAAAAAAUAAAAACCAGCUCGUUUGACAAUUUAUGCGAUGUUUGAUUAACGAGAACCGGCCAAAGGUCACUAUAUUACCGAUCAUAUUGCUAUAUUACCGAAUUCAUCGAGAAUUCAUUAUCAGGAAUUUUAAUUUUAUCUAAUCAAAAAAAUUAU